AAGCUCCUUAUUGGACGCGUCCCGACCGGAUGGACAAGAAGCUUCUGGCCGUUCCUGCCGCCAACACGGUCAAGUUCCGCUGUGCUGCUUCCGGAAACCCGACGCCGAGCAUCCACUGGCUGAAGAACGGCAAAGAGUUCAAGGGGGAGCAGAGGAUGGGCGGCAUCAAGCUGAGACACCAGCAGUGGAGUCUGGUGAUGGAGAGCGCGGUGCCAUCAGACCGGGGGAACUACACCUGCGUGGUUCAGAACAAGCACGGCACCAUCGACCACACCUACCAGCUGGAUGUUCUAGAGCGCUCCCCUCACAGGCCCAUCCUCCAGGCGGGCCUCCCAGCCAAUCAGACGGUGGUGUUGGGCAGCGACGUGGAGUUCCACUGCAAAGUGUACAGCGACGCCCAGCCGCACAUCCAGUGGCUGAAACACAUUGAGGUCAAUGGGAGUCGCUACGGCCAUGACGGCGUCCCCUACGUCAACAUCUUGAAGAGUGUGGUCAGUAAACACACUGAGGCCCACAGUAAGUUGAGACUGUCCAACGUGACAGAGACAGACGCUGGGAAGUACUGGUGUCGCGCCUCGAACUUUGUAGGAAAGUCAGAAAACGCUUUCUGGCUUAAGUUGCACCACACAGUGAGCUCAGAGAAGGAGGACUACUACGUGGACAUCCUCAUCUACGUGACGGGCUGCGUGCUCUUCAUCCUCGCCGUGGUCAUCGUCGUCCUCUGCCGCAUGAGGAUGACCACGCAGAAGACGCUGCCCUCUCCACCGGUGCAGAAGCUGUCCAAGUUCCCCCUCAAGAGACAGGUGUCCUUGGAUUCGAACUCCUCCAUGAACUCCAACACGCCCCUGGUCCGGAUCGCCCGCCUGUCGUCCAGCGACGGCCCGAUGCUCGCCAACGUGUCGGAGCUGGAGCUGCCGUCCGACCCCAAGUGGGAGUUCUCCAGAUCCCGACUCACUUUGGGUAAACCUCUGGGUGAAGGCUGCUUCGGUCAGGUGGUGAUGGCCGAGGCCAUCGGCAUCGACAAGGAGAAACCCAACAAGCCGCUCACUGUCGCUGCCAAGAUGCUGAAAGAUGACGCCACGGAUAAGGAUUUGUCGGACCUGGUGUCGGAGAUGGAGAUGAUGAAGAUGAUUGGAAAACACAAAAACAUAAUCAACCUGCUGGGAGCGUGCACGCAGGACGGUCCCCUCUACGUGCUGGUGGAGUACGCCUCCAAGUGCAACCUGAGGGAGUACCUGCGGGCGCGGCGCCCCCCCGGCAUGGACUACUCCUUCGACACCUGCAAGAUCCCAGACGAGCAGCUCACAUUCAAAGACCUGGUGUCCUGCGCCUACCAGGUGGCCCGAGGCAUGGAGUACCUGGCCUCGCAGAAGUGCAUCCACAGAGACCUGGCAGCCAGGAACGUCCUGGUGACGGAGGACAACGUGAUGAAGAUCGCGGACUUCGGCCUCGCCAGAGACGUGCACAACAUAGACUACUACAAGAAGACAACCAACGGUCGCCUGCCCGUGAAGUGGAUGGCUCCGGAGGCUCUGUUCGACCGGGUCUACACGCACCAGAGCGACGUGUGGUCCUAUGGUGUGUUGCUGUGGGAGAUCUUCACACUGGGAGGUUCUCCGUACCCAGGGAUCCCAGUAGAGGAACUCUUCAAGCUUCUGAAGGAGGGACAUCGGAUGGACAAACCUGCAAACUGCACACAUGAGCUGUACAUGAUCAUGAGGGAGUGCUGGCAUGCGGUGCCGUCGCAGAGACCGACCUUCAGGCAGCUGGUAGAAGAUCACGACCGGGUUUUAUCAAUGACCUCCACCGAUGAGUACCUGGACCUGUCGGUGCCCUUCGAGCAGUACUCGCCCACCUGCCAGGACUCCAACAGCACCUGCUCCUCCGGGGACGACUCGGUGUUCGCCCACGACCCGCUGCCCGACGAGCCCUGUCUCCCCAAACAGCUUCCCAGUAACGGCGUGAUCAGGACAUAAGAGCCGAGCUGGGAGCGGGGGGGUGGACGUUGACCUCCUCUCCCAGUUUGUGACUAAUAAUCACCUCCCACUGACCCCAGCUCCUCAAGAUAUGGAAAUGAAAAACUCGGCAUGCAAUACUUCCACAGUGCUUCAGCUCUUCCUCCUCCUCUUCCUCCUCCUCCUCCUCCUCCUCCUCCCCGAGUGACUCUUUAAAACAUUGAAGGAUUAUGUUUUGCCGUUGAACCUUGUUUGUGUUCCUCUUUUCACAAAUGAAAUUAUAUAUUUUUGUACUCAGGCCAGUCUUUUGUUACGGACAAUCUGUGGUGGUGAAACCAUUCCGUGCCUACUCGGACAAAACACGAAUAAAGGAUGUAAGAGGAGGAAUGAAGGGAAGUCGCGAUCCGGUGGGUGAGGAACUCAAGAUUUUGUUUCCCCCUCGUCUGCUCGGAGCUCGCGUUGACAUUUUUUGCGAUCUGCAAGAAAAUCUGAAACCAGCAAAGGAUGGGACUUGAUCUUAUGAUGAUCCUCAACCAGUGGGUUCAACCAAGGGAUCAGCUGAGUGGAAACAGGCGACUUCUCAUGUCACAUUUUAGCGUUCGGAGAAAAAAAGAAAACACAGAGUUUUGUGAUAAUCACGGAACAAAUCCCUCAUCGAAUGUGAGGCGACCUUUCAGGGCCAUUCAGUAAUAAGUUCAGAGGGUUUUUUAAUGUAUCUAGAAAAUGAUUUUAUUGUAAAUAUAUAAAUGCAAAUAUGUAUCAUAUUGCUGUUCACAGCCGUGUACUUAAAAGACAAAAAAAUAACAUUUUUUUAAAGAUAUUGUUUUAGGAUGGAAGCAUUGCAAUCUAGAAGACACUGUCAUGACCGUGUAAAACAUUUAAUCAUUUAAAGUGAUACAGAAAAAGGUUUAUUUGAAUAAUUAACGUGUAUAUUUGUAAAGAUAUUUAUAGACUUAACAUGUGGUUCUUAAGUACGAAAGGUCUAGCUUAGGGAUUUUAGUACUGUACGCAAAGAUUUUUAUUUCUUUUUCUUCUUUGUAACUUAUUUUACAACAAAACUGCGACGUUAUUUUCACGACUGGCAGACUCCUCUAGUUUUUGAUCCAUCUUUUAUUUUUAGUUGUUUUUUCUUUUUGGUUUGUUUACAGCUUUUAAAGAUAAGAAUGUACGACAGACGAUGAUUUCUAAGGGCGGGGCUCCUGCUGAGAAGAGAUGGAUGUUUCCUCCGAGCUCCAAAUCUGUUUUAAUUUUUUUUAAAGUUGACCUUUGCGAUAUCAAAGCAGCGAUUGACUCUUGCUGAGCAAGAAACAGCAGCGCUUCGUGAUUUCUACCACAGACGCCUUUAGUACAACUGAAGUACUUAAAGACACAUUGAGCAACGACCGAGAACAACUGUGAACCAGAAGAAGCCUCCAGAGGAACUGAGUUUUCAAGGAACAAUAGAAGCUUUUCAGAGUUAAUCAUUAGAAGGACUUGAUGUCUAAUCACUACUUAGUGGGAAACAUGGACAGAUUCCAAACAUUUUAUUUGUUUAAAAUGUUAAUAACAUGUUUGCUAGUGUACCUUUUGAUAAAACACCAAAUCCCACAAUGCAACACUUCUCCCCCCUCAAAAUUAAAACAAAGAGUUGCUGCAAAACUUCAUGACACAUUAGAUAAUACGCUAUAUGAUGAACUACUUUUCCCAGAAUGCUUUUCGGCAGCUACCAGGGAACGUUCUUAGAUCCAGAAAACUUUUGGAAAGACUUUUGCAACGUUAGAUUUUUAGAGGAAAUACAUUUUUUCUUUUAAGAACAGCGAAAGUAGCAUUUGGGUACUGUUUUUAGCAGCAAUGCAUUCUGGGGCUUUUGAUUCCAUUUAGAAUACGGCAAAAAAACAAAAUUUACACGAAAAUCAGACAUUUACGAAUUUUUUUAGGAAUUCGCGAAAUGCUAAACAGGAUAAAUUCUGAUAUGUUUUCCUCUGGAGGUUUUUCUGGAGGCUUCACACUCGUUAGUCACAGUUAAGUUCACAGGUCGGUUCUCGUUCACACUUUAAAAACAUCAGCUUGACGGCAGAAGCUGUUAUUGUCCUUCUGAGCUUGAGUGUUACUAAAAACUAAAAAACCUGCCCAGACGCUUGAGAUGUUAUCGCUGCUCUUUAGUAUUAAUACUGAGAUGAAGGCCCGCUGUGUGAUCCGUCAGUUGCACAGCAAAAAGAAAAUAUAUAGAUAUAUAUAUAUAAAGAUAUAUAUAUAUAUGUUUCAGCGUGUUUAACGAGAAAAGUGCCAAAUUAGUCUUAAAAGUCUGUUUAAUCGUUUAUUCUCCGGAUCUCUGAACCAAAUUACUGCACCGUCGAAUGUAGGCGGGUGGAGGUCACAUGGUGCAGGGAAGGAUCAUGGGAUGGCCAAAUGGAUAUCUCCCCCCCCCCCCUUUAGUUUCUAUAUGCAGUCGUCUCUCCAGCUGACCCCAAACAAAGCACGAGGGUUGAAAUGUUUACAGAGUUUAACAAAGUCUGGAACGGGAAAGAAGGGUUGAAUGGAAACGGUGCAAACACUUCACUGUGCAACGGCCUUACAGUGUGAAUACAAUACUUAAUGAAACACCCCCCCGCCAGUAUUUGAAGUACUUAUAUGAAUUCUAAAUAAAAUAUGUAUCUAUUGCUCUAAUCCACAAUGGGAUUUUUUGUUUUCAGCACCAGAUUGUGUACUUGUCAUGUACUCACACUCUGAACAAGGCCCCUGUGAAGUGAACGGUUGCACAAACUUCAUGUUUUUUCUGUUUUCAGUAGUUUUGGCCCCGAAUCUAUGAAGUGCCUGAAAUAAUUGAGCAACGAUUCACUUUCAUCAUGUUUUGAAUGUAUAAUUGCAAAAAAAAAAAAAAGAACCCAUAGUUUGUUUUGAAGUAGUUCUCACUAAAAAGCAGGUUGUGUUAAUUAUGUCCCUGGUUUUGUUUCAUUCUUUGUUUUGUUUUUUGUCGAGUGAACAACGGCACUUGUGUAAAGGUUGGAUGGAUCUAAUGAAACGUGUUCUGUUUUAUUUAUUCUUCCAUGCUGGGUAAAAGCUUUCCCUAUGGUGAGAGUAUUUUUAUUCAUAGCUCUCUGCUUUUCAGUGUUGUUUUUCAUUAAAGAGCCAGAAGAUGAUGAUGAUGA